CACUCGCCAUGGAUCCCUCCAAAGCAGAAGGGUAUCACACACCGCCUUCUCCUUCACCGGCGACCGCUCCAUCCCUUGCCACGGCCAUCCCAGCAACUUCACUUAAUCAAGUCUACCCUCCAAGCUGCCCUGCCCCCGCCACCCUUCAGGUCCAAUCUAAAUUGCCCACCCCUUGGUCCACCGGCCUCUUCGACUGCUGCGACGACGUCGGCAACUGUUGUGUGACCUGCUUCUGUCCCUGUGUCACAUUUGGUCAGGUUGCCGAGAUCGUGGACCAAGGAUCGAUCUCGUGUGCGGCAAGCGGAGCGUUAUAUGCGCUGAUAUUUUGUGUUACCGGGUGCAAUUGCCUCUACUCUUGCUUCUACCGAUCAAAGAUGAGAGGGCAGUUCUUCCUGGAGGAGAGCCCCUGUGCUGACUGCCUUGUCCACUGCUGCUGUGAGAUGUGUGCGCUGUGCCAGGAGUAUAGAGAGCUCAAGUGCCGUGGAUUCGACUUGCACUCCGUGGUUACUAGUUUGAUGUUUUGGAGUGCUCAUGUGGGUCUUGUGGUUGGGAUUUUGCAGGGCGGGAAGGUAACUUGGGAAGGCAGAGUGCCACCUUACCGCCAGUCAUUGAAGGAGGCAUGA